AUGAAAGCUCUAGUCCUAGCGACGACCAUCUGUGGGUUCGUACUUAAACAGUGCAUAAAUUAUAUUCUACUUCCCACUGAACAUUUAUGUGAUUUUGCUUUAAAUCCUCACAGUAGUAUCAAACCUGUAGUAAAUGAAUCAACUGAACAAAAUGAAAAUGUUUGGUGCACUGCUGAUAACUUGAACAAUCUAGAUUAUGUAGCAAUGAUAUGUCCAAAUAAAAAGGAAGGAGAUUACACAAACUUAGAAGUUGUCCCAGCGAACUGUUUUUCUAAACAUCUGUAUUCACCCUACGAUUCAGAAGAAAAGGAAAAAGAUAUGGAACUAUUAGAUUUUGAUACCUUAUUAUCCAUCAAUAAAUCAUACAAAGAUUUUGCUUUAAAAAUAUUAUUAAUUCCACGUUAUUAUAAACAGAAUAAAACUAUUUAUUGCAGAUGUGAUAAUAGUAAAACGAAAAAAGAACAUGGAUCUGAAAAAUUAGAAGGAAAAUCAGGAAUAGUAAAAAUUGUAUUGAACAAAAAAAACAAGAAUCCAAGAGGAUUCAGUUUUCUAGAAUCUAGUGAAUUAGAACCGUUAGAUAUAGUGCAAAAUGGAAAUGAUAAAAUAGUUCAGGUAAAGGAAAAUGAAACAGUUCACUUUGAAAUUAGAGAUACACAAAAAGUAAAAUUCGAAGAUGAUGAAACAUAUAACAUCAGAUAUGGUGUUUUAACGGAGAAGAAAUUUUUUUUUAGAUUUCCUACAGUAUUUUUCAACACUUCCCAAUUUGUUUUAAAUAUUGAAGAAAGUGCCAAACCCACUAUUAAAAUAAUUAUGAAAUAUAAUAAAACAGAAAGUAUAGACGGAUGUGAUUUUACCAAACCUAAAGGAGAGGGUAUAUAUAAAAACGGGUUCGUAUUAAAUGAGCAUGCAUCUGAUAAUAAUAUAUGUUCAGUACACAUCGGAUCCAGAAAAAAAAGUUUAGCUGCGGGUAUUAAAUGCCCAUAUAAAUUAACACCUACAUACUGUUUUAGACAUGUUCUAUAUGAAAAAAAUACUAAAAAUCAGAAAUCAUUUCACCCCUACUUGUUAAUGGACAUAUUGGAAACAGUUGAUGUAGAAUUCUAUAGCAAUGUACAAGAGGGAUCUUAUGUAGUUGGAUUGCCAACAAGUCCACGCAACUUUACCGUUGUUAGAUGUGUUUGUGAGAAUAAUGGAAAAACUGGUAUAAUGGAGCUACAAAUUGAUUCUCCUGCUCGGUCCUCCUUCCUCAGCCUCGCUUUGAUGUUGUUUGCUGUCGCUUUGCUUUACAUUUGUUAA